AUGUUGGCACUCACCAACAUCACUUGGUUCGACCUAUGCCUUGCGUGUGUCGGAGCGUAUCUGUUAAAGCACGUGUUCAACAAGAAGAAUCCUGCACCCUAUCCCCCUGGUCCUCCAGGGUGGCCUCUCAUCGGGAACGUCCUAGACAUGCCCCGCAUCAAGCCCUGGCUUACCUUCGCUAUGUGGGGCAAGAAGUAUGGUGAUAUCUCGCAUAUCGAGGUUCUGGGUCAACAUAUCAUGGUGGUGAACUCUGUCAAGACUGCGAUGGACAUGUUGGAUAAGAAGAGCACUGUGUACUCUGACCGUCCUAUCUUUACUCUUGCCGGCGAACUCGUUGGCUGGAAGUACCUUAUGACUCUUCUCCCUUACGGUGACCAUCUACGCCGGUACCGCAAGAACUUCCACCGCGUCAUUGGCAGCCGCGCUGCAGUGGACGUAUACGGCCAGAUCGAAGUGGUCGAGACUCGCCGAUUCCUUAAGCGUGUGUUUACGACACCCGACCAAUUACAGGAACAUAUUCGACACACCGCUGGCGCUAUCAUUCUGCGCAUCUCUCAUGGUUAUGAAGUGAAAGAGAGCAAUGAUCCCUUUGUUGACCUUGCAGAACGUGCUGUGGACCAAUUAUCGCGUUCUACUGCUCCUGGUGCCUUCAUGGUUGAUUUUAUGCCAUUCUUGGCCAAGGCCCCCGAGUGGUUCCCUGGUGCCGGCUUCAAGCGUCUAGCCCGUGAAUGGCACGAGACCCUUGAUGAGAUGGUUUCUGCACCCCACAAGUUCGUCAAGGAUCAGAUGGCUGCUGGCAUUGCCCCGAAGUCUUUUACCUCGGAUCUGAUGGAAGGCCGUACUCUGUCUGUGGAAGAUGAUCACGUUGUGAAAUGGUCUGCUGGAACUCUAUAUGCCGGCGCUGCCGACACGACUGUUUCUACAAUCUACUCGCUCUUCCUGGCUAUGUCACUAUUCCCUGAUGUGCAGAAGAAGGCUCAGGCUGAAAUAGAUGCUGUUGUCGGUCCCGAUCGUCUUCCCUCCUUCGCCGACCGAGACUCUCUUCCCUACACUGAAGCGCUUGCCAAAGAAGCUCUACGAUGGCAUGCUGCUGUCCCUACCGGUUUCGCCCACUGUGUCACUGAGGACGACAUCCAUGACGGGUACUACAUUCCAAAAGGUUCCUUAGUGAUACCUAACAUUUGGUUCAUGCUCAAUAAUCCGGAGACAUAUGCUAAUCCCUCAGAAUUCAACCCUGAACGGUUUCUGGCUAAUAAUGGAAAGAAGCCUGAGACAGAGCCUCGCACAAUAUGCUUCGGCUUUGGAAGACGUAUCUGUCCAGGUCUCCACCUCGCUGAAACCUCCGUCUGGAUGUCCAUGGCCAUGUCAUUGGCCGUAUUUGAUAUCUCUAAGGUCGUCGAGAACAGUGUUGAGAUCACCCCUGAGCUUGAUCCCUUGUCAGGCACGAUCAGUCACCCCAAACCCUUCAAGUGCUCUAUUAAGCCUCGCUCUGCCAAAGCCGUCGCACUCAUUGAGCAGGAUGUUGGCUACUAA